GUGGAGGGACACCUCGCUCACAUCUCAGAGCUGCUGGCUGCUGCCACCGGAAAAUUUAAUUUGUUUUGUUUGUUUUAGGUUGCGGAAUCCAAGGGAGGGAGGGAGAGAGGGAGGGAGAUAUCCCUGACAAGCCACCUCUUUCCAAUCAACUCCCCUUGAUUGUCUAAUUUUAAGGCCUCCGUUGGCAUCAUCCUUCCUAAAUUAGCCCUCCUUCCAACCUUUCCCAUCUUCUCUAUCAAAUAUCUCUUGCUUUUUUAUGUCCCCCCUUCCCUUCCCCUUCUUUAUGGCGAAGCUUGUUUACUGUCCAUUUAAGGCUCCUCCCCUUUCCUUCUUUCUAUCUUCCCUUCAUAUACCCAUACCCAUCUCGCAUCCUCAUAUCCCAUCUCCGCAAUCAACUCUCUUCUGCUUCUCCUUCGACUUGUCUGCCAUAUUUUUCUCCAUGGAUUAAUUCCCACCGAGCACCAUUCUCCUCGGAGGCGUCCCCCACAUCUCCUUCUUUUGUUAUUAUGGUACAUGUGCGUAUCUUAAUGCUAAAGCUUCUUUUAUGGACCCCAUGAACUGAAGUGCAUGGUUUGUUCCUUAAUGUCUUGGAGAUUUGAAGGACUUGCUCUCCUUCUAUGUAUUUAUCUGAACCGGAGAUGGACGAAUCAUUAAGGUGCCCCCUCGACAAGCCAGAACACUUGAGAAAUUACACCGCCUGCUGCUCAACCGGAUCCGUCUUCCGCAUUCCUUCUAGGGAAGAGGACGCCGUCAGCAUGAUCUCAGUGGCAACCACCAUGGCAGCGGGACGCGAAGGAUCCGAUUCUAACAGCAUCGUUAAUUGGGUUAGCUUCGCCCCCUGCAUGGCGACCACCUCCAACACCUCCACCCGAUACAAAGGCGUCAUGCUGCAACAGAACGGACACUGGGGCGCGCAGAUCUACGCUCACGGUCACCGCAUCUGGCUCGGCACCUUCAAGUCGGAGCAGGCGGCGGCAGCUGCUUACGACAGCGCGGCUAUCAAGCUCCACCAUGGCGACUCGCACCGCAACCUCCCCGCGACCCCGCUCACCGCCCACGAGCACAAGUUCCAGGAGACGUUCACCACCGACGAGGUGCUUGACAUGAUCAAGAUGGGAUCGUACGAGUCACGGAUGGAGGAGUACGUUAGGCGACACGCCAUUGCAUCAGCCGCUGUCAAGGCGGCGCCGAGGCCGAGCCUCCCUCACGCUGGCACAAGCGGCAAUGUGGCUUUCCUGGAGAUGUUCCUCAAGGAACUGACGCCAAGCGACGUCGGGAAGCUCAACAGGCUGGUCAUACCGAAGAAGCACGCGACCAAGUACUUUCCACAGGUGGCUUCGGUGACGGCCGAUGAGGUGAUGGUCGAGUUCGUGGACCGAGAAGACCGCUCGUGGACAUUCCGAUACUGUUACUGGAAGAGCAGCCAGAGUUACGUCUUCACCAAGGGCUGGAAUAAGUUUGUGAAGGAGAAGAGACUUCAGGCCAAGGACACGGUGGCGUUCUAUAGGUGUGAGGAGAGGGAUGGACUCCGGAGAACGUACUGCUUGAUCGACAUCAUUCGGUGCAGUGGCGACGGUCAUCGCACUAGUGGUUUUAGUUGGAGCAAGAACGGGGCGGUGGGACUGGGACUCAGCUGUAAGAGGAAGCCGGAAGAGGGAGACGAGGAAGGCAAUCGCACUAGUGGUUUUAGUUGGAGCAAGAACGGGACGGUGGGACUGGGACUCGGUUGUAAGAGGAAGACGGAAGAAGGAGACGAGGAAGGCGAUCGCAGCAGCGGCUAUAGUGGGAGGAGCGGGAAUGGGGCAAUGGGACUGGGACUCGGUCUGAAGAGGAAGACGGAAGAAGGAGACGAGGAAGGCGAUCGCAGCAGUGGCUUCAGCGGGAGCAGGAGUGGUGCGAUGGGACUGGGACUUAGUUUUAAGAGGAAGACGAAGGAGAGAGAUGAGGUAGGAGAGGUAGUAUCAGGGUUAGCGGUGACUCAGAAAUCAUCGGAAGCACGACAGCAGCAGGAGGAAGAGGAGCAGGAGAAGAGGAAGAAGAGGUUGAGAUUGUUCGGUGUCUCGAUCACUGACACAAAUGAUAGGGGAUGAACAAGAACACGCUUGGGCACGUACCGAUCAUAAGAUCCUCCUCUCCCCUCUGUCGAUUACUCGAUGGUGUUUGCUGCUUAGGUUAUUGCGAAGCACCGACUUGCUUAUGGUAUGGUUUAGAUGGAGCCUUGUUUCAUGUUGUUACUUCCUUCAAAUGUGAAGGCUUGUAAUAGGCUGUAGUAUUUUAUGAAGAACUGACUUUGU